AUGUCGGCCUCCCUCUACCUCAUCAGCGUCACCCCCUGGUUCCUCCUGCCCCUCUCCUGGUUCAUCGCGGGGACCGCCUUCACGGGGUUCUUCGUGAUCGGCCACGAUGCGGGCCACCGCUCCUUCAGCGACAACAAGCUGCUGGAGGACGUGGUGGGCACGCUGGCCUUCAUGCCGCUGCUCUACCCCUUUGAGCCCUGGAGGAUCAAGCACAACCAGCACCACGCGCAGACCAACAAGUGA